AUGCCGUCCACGCCGUCGCUGUCCCGCAGAGGCCUCCGCAAUGAACGCCAGACCAACUCGCCAUAUUCGCGCCCCUCGAACACGCGAGAGUCGCGUUCGGGCAAGUCGUCGGCCCUUGCCUCCCCUUCCCGCAGCGGCUUCCACCCACUUUCGUCGCUCUUUGGCAUGGUCACAAGCUCGUGGCGCCGCAAGCGCGAUGAUGACAACAUGUCCGUGUCUGGCUCUGAGGACGACUGGAACGGAACGGCACCAAACGGCAUGGAGGGCCAAGAUGUUUUCAAUCUGGCUGCCGCGGCCGGUCGUACGGGUUCCGAGUUUGACACUCGCGCUGAGACCUGGCGCAAGGGCAAGGGCAAGUUGAGGGCUGGACUGUCUUCGUCGAAGUCCAACUGGGGACUUCUCGGCCUGAGCGGUGACGACACGAUCCGUCCCUCCCCAUCGAUGCCCGCGCUUCGCACGGUUGCUCAACAGAGCACGAGCGGCUUCUCGUCUACUCUUUCCCCUCCCACGGCAACAACCAGCGCCUUGACACCACCGCCCAGGGGCGGUAUUCUCCGUCGUGCCGCGUCCACCAUUGCUCUGCAGAAGUUCAUGCAGGAGAAGGGUGUUGAGCUCGGCCCCGACGACGCAGACGUGUUGGAGCACCUGGCCCGUGACCUUCGUGAGGUCCGUACCCAGUCCAGCCCCAAUGUCGGUCUGGGUGGUUGGAGCGCCGGAAUCACGGCUCCGAACGGUAACGGCAACGACGCCCACUUGACCCCCCUCAAACAGACCGCCUCUGCUCCUUCGGUGGGAACGCCUGGUUCCUCGUUCUCAGUUGGCUCCAACGCGCCCCUUCACCCUUCUCGUGCAUCCACCUCUGGUCGCCAGGUCACCUACCUUGGUCCUGGCAUGUCGCCCAGGCGUCUGGCACCGCGAAACAAGCCCACCAUGAAGCCCCUCUUCGAGGGUAUCGACAGGAAGGACGACGCCGGCAAGAAGCGCAAGGUCGACUCCGCCGAGAGCGAGGACAGUGGCAGCUCUUCAUCUCCUUCCUCUGCGCCGGGAACAGCGGCCGCGGCUGCCAUGGCAGCUGCCUUCAACAAGGGACGCAUCGUGAGCGGCUCUUCGACUCGCCCGUCGCCAUUAAACCAAAGCACGACUGUCGUUCCCUCCCCUGACCGUGUGCAGGCGGGCAAGCGCCGCGCCGCAGACAUCAUGAAGGAGGUCAUCGACGCUGAGCUUGGACCCCGCAAGGCCACAAAGCCAAGCCUCGUCAUUAGCGAGUACGACGAGCCCCGUCUUCCUUCAACGAUGGCUCAGUCCAGCUCUCGCGUUGCCGCCACCCGUUCAAGCCUGCGCAAAUCGUCCAGCGGCUCCAAGCUUGCGGCUCGCGCGUCGAUGAGCGCGUCCCGUGGUGCUGCGGGACAGCUGGAGCGUUCGCGUGGAUCCACACGAAAGCUCAGCGUGCUUGAGCUUGUCAGCGGUAUCAACGCUUCCACCGAGGACGCCCCCGAGCCCGAGGCUGAGGACGCCGAGAUGGAUGAGGUGGCUGCUCCUCCGUCUGCAUUCUCCUUCAAGCCUGCGGCGCCUGCGGCGCCGGCUCCGUCGCCCAAGCCUGUUACCAAGGUGCCCGAGCCCGAGGUGUUCAAGGCGCUCCCUGUGCCAUCAUUGUCACAGUCUACUCUUGGCCAGUCGACCUCAAAAGCGCCAUCCAAGUCGCCCACCCCCGUUUCCACCGAGUCGGCCGCUGUGGACUCUAUCGUUGCUGCCUCCAAACCCACUCCAGCACCAGCUUUCAACCCUCGUCCCGUCGGCCUUGGUCCCCCUCCUGCAGCGGCUGCCUCCUCGCUCGCCAACCGCGCCGGGAACCGUGCCGUGGCGACUGUGUCCCGUCGCGUCGACCCCAGUGCCAUCUACCUCAGCGCCAAGGACUCGGCCCUCAACGUUGAAAAGGCCGCCCUUCCAUUCUUCACCUUUACCCUCCCACCACAGACCAAGGGCCAGCCCAGCACCACGGUCAAGGAGGCUGCGCACUCGCGUCCCAAGGAGAGCUUCAACUUCACGAUGAGCCAACCUGCUUUACCCUCCGCCUUGCUCUCGCCUCCCAGCUCGCAUGUUUCCGUCACAACUCCUCUCCCCACUGUACCGGACGAGUCACCAGAGCCCAUCAAGGUCGUCAAGCCUGCUGGCGAGUGGACUUGCAGCCUCUGCAUGCUCCAGAAUCCCGCAUCGGCCACUGAAAAGUGCAGCAUCUGCGAGGCGCCCAAGCCCGGCGCUGCGCCUGCUGUUGCGACAAAGCCCAUCUCCAUGCCCGCUCCUCCGUCGGUUCCCGCUGCCGGCGGAUUCACCUUUGGUGGCAAGCCUGUUACUGCGCCGGCCACCACCACUCCUGCUCCCGGCGGGUUUACAGGCUUUGGCAAGCCCGCCGCUCCCAAGCCCGCCGCAGCGGGUGGCGCUGACUGGGAUUGCGGCCUCUGCAUGCUGAAAAACCCCGCCUCUGCCACCGAGAAGUGCUCAAUCUGCGAGGCCCCACGCCCUGGUGCGACUCCCUCCGCUUCGUCAAAGCCUGCUGCCCCUCCUGCUCCUCCUUCGGUGCCCGCCGGUGGCUUUUCGUUUGGCGGCAGCUCGUCGUCGUCCUCAGCGGCCCCCAAGUCGAGCUUCAUGUUUGGCAAACCCCCUGCUGCGGCCGGCGAAUGGGAGUGCGACACCUGCAUGCUCAAGAACCCCGCCACCGCGACCGAAAAGUGCACCGUCUGUGAGGCCCCCAAGCCCGGUGCCACGGUCUCCACCCCGGCUGCACCCAAGGGUGGCCUCCCUGCACCCCCCGCCGGCGGCUUUAGCUUUGGCGGCAAGCCCGUCGCGACUGCACCCCCCUCGGCCCCCUCUACCGGCCUCACCGGCUUCUCUUUCGGUGUCAAGCCUCCGGGCACCGCCGCUGCAGCUCCAUCCUUUGGCGCCCCUCCUGCUGGUGGCUUCUCGUUCGGUGCCAAGCCCCCUACCACCGGCAGUUUCUCGUUUGGCGCGCCCGCCGCGCCUGCUCUCCUCGCCAAGCCCACUGGUGCGGCCGACGACGGGACCGUACACCAGCCAGAACAAACCGAAGGCAAACCCCCUGUUGCUAAGCCCACUCACUUUCACCCGCAGCCCAGCUGGGCCAGCCGCUCUGCUGUUCAUCUUAUGCGUCCUCGCUCACAUUCUGAAUCGGUGCGACUUCUGGACGCGCAGGACCCGCCCCUUGGCCCCUUGUCGUCGGGCAUCAUCGAUGAGCCCAGCACCCUCGUCAUGGUCGAACGAGCAUUCUACACACAUGGCCAUGAUGUGCAGAUUACAGACAUGAAAGGCGGUGUGGUGUGCAGUGUGCGUGGACCUGCCGGGAUGACGUUGGGCGGGAAGCGAGUCUUCUCAGAUACCACUGGCGCGCCCGUCAUGACCCUCUCGACCAACUCGAAUCCCUACGCAAGGGUGUUCAUCGGUACAGCGGGCGACACCACUGUCAAGGCGGCAGAGGGGCAGGAAGCUGGCACGCAACUGUUCACUGCCAAACGCAAGAUGGGGGUAAAGCACCACAUGGCCGUGGCAUUCACCAAUGCGGCCGACGGACAGCCGACAACGCUCGAGCUGCGCGGCGACGUGUUGGGGAACAAGGCUGCAGUGCUCACUGCCGACGGGAGGGAGACGGUCGCGCACUUUACCAGGACGUUGGACGGGAUCCGCGAACCCAAAGUCAUGACGUACUAUGUCGGCGUUGCGGCCGGCGUUGACCGCGUGCUCAUGGCCGCGCUCUGCCUGGCGUUGGUGCAGGCCAAAGACGAGAGGCGCAACUUUGGUGCCCAGUAG